AUGGAGAAUUUUCAGUUAAUGCUAAAUGAAAAUGAGAUGGGAGAAGUUGUGGAGUAUGCUGGGUACUUGGAAUUGGAUUCAAAACAGCAACAUUUGGUUGUGUUUGUUGAGAUUAUUAAUACUUGUUGUUUGGGGAGUGUAUAUCAGGUGAGGAGGGCUGGUGGGAGUUUAGGCUGUUUGGAGAUUGCCAUUGUUAGAGCUGGGAGCUUUGAAGGUCUGGCAAUGGUGGCAAUGGAGAAUGGUGCACCUGCUAAUCAGUAUAAACCUCCAAAGAUCAUCAGAAAUUUGAAACUUGUUUCUUUGUUGAGAGAUUGUGUUAUUGCUAGCUACUGUUAUUAG